AUGGGCAGGAAAGACCAGCACUGUGGCCGCAAUGAAGUCAAAAGAGAUUCCCUCCAAGAUCAGAUAAAGAACAUAAACCGUGGCAACCAAACAGGUGGCAACUCCCUCGAGCCCACUCGCCUUAGCGAUGACGACAAGGUUCAGAGGAGUCAGGCCAGCGGCAGCAGAAACUAUGGCGAGGAGGAAGGUCACCUGAUCUACUACGCCGGCCUCGUGCUGAAGAAACGGUAUGAGGUGGUGUCCACGCUGGGUGUAGGGGCUUUUGCAAAGGUGGUCGAGUGUAUUGACCAAGACAAACACAAGCGUGUGGCAGUGAAGAUUAUUCGCAACAUGAAAAGCUUCCGUCAAGCGGCCAAGUGUGAGAUCGCCGUCUUGGAAGAGAUCAACGCCUUGGACGAUGACAACAGUUUUGCCUGUGUGCGGAUGCUGGACUGGUUUGAGCACCAAGGCCACAUGUGUCUGGUCUUUGAGCGCCUAGGACUCAGUACCUACGAGGUCCUCAAGCAAAACCAAUUUCUGCCGUUCAGCGUGGAGCAGAUCCGACAUAUGGCCUUCCAGAUUUUUCGAGCCGUCAGCUUCCUACAUCGCAAUAAGCUGACCCACACCGACCUGAAACCGGAAAACAUCCUGUUUGUCUGCUCCGACUAUGACAUGGUGUACAACCACCAGAUGAAACUCGACGAGAGGAAAAUGAGGAGCCUGGAUGUAAAGGUGGUGGACUUUGGCACUGCCAUUUUUGACCAUGAACAUCACGAAUCCUUGGUCUCAACGCGCCACUAUCGAGCUCCGGAAAUCAUACUUGAUCUAGGCUGGAAUCAGUCUUGUGAUGUUUGGAGUUUGGCCUGCGUUCUCAUGGAGUACUACCUUGGCCAGACCCUAUUCCCGACUCAUGACAGCAAGGAACAUCUGGCCAUGAUGGAGAAGAUCCUGGGACCCCUCCCGCCGCACAUGCUGAAACAAACCAGAAAGCAGCACUACGUCCUCAAUGGCCGACUGGACUGGGACGAGCUCAGCUCCUCGGGCAGAUAUGUCCGGAAACAUUGCAAGCCUCUCAAGAGCUUGCCGAGGCGCAGCGAGGACGAACGGCAGCUGUUGGACCUUCUGGUUUGUAUGCUGGAGUUUGACGUGACUCGACGCAUCACCCUGGAGGAGGCGCUGUGGCACCCGUUUUUCGCAGCGGCCAGAAUGGAAAAACAACGGCUAAGCUAACACACACACACACACACACACACUUGCAUUACAGCCAACCCUCAAUAUUUGGUUAAGGGACCAAGAGCAGUCGCAAAUAAUAAUGCCCCUCCCCCCGUAUGUCAUCGUAUUUAUUUAAGAAAUUUGUACUGGCCCGGACAAGCAGGCGUUGGUGAACUUAAGGGGGCCCGGCGCAGUCACGUAAUGGCCUCGGGUCACCGGGCUUCUUUAUACGUCAUAGGUGGGCAAAGUUUUCAUUAGGUCCUUAAAAAAAAGUGAGUCGGUGAGUUUACA